AUGGUAAAGCCGGGCAACAACGUGGGCAAAGAUCGCUUGCUCUAUUACUGUCCGAAGUGUUUGCACAGCUUCACGUUGAAAAGUAACCGUAAUCGGCAUUACAAGUACGAGUGCGGACACGAACCUAGAUUCAAGUGCCCUUACUGCAAACUGAGGAGCAAACAAACGUCACAGAUCUAUAGUCAUAUCCUGGAUCGUUCGUUUCGACUAUUGUACGGAAAUUACGGAGCCGGUUCGUAUGAGGAAGCGAGCAAGUUCCACGCGUCGGACGAUGUCUACGGAUCUCCUCGACGCAGAGGCAGCAAGAAAAAGAACUACGUGUGCCCAAAGUGCGGGAAUGGUUACACCGUGGUGAAAAGUCUGAAUCGUCACCUUCGUUACGAGUGCGGCGUCGCGCCCAGAUUCAAAUGUCCGUACUGCGACAUCAAGAGGAUCAAGAUAGAAACCGAUCUGGAGAAUCUUUGCUCGGUGGUGAUGGAAGAAGCGAAGGAUUUCGAUUACGAGGAAGAGAAGCCGCUCGGCUCGAGGAGGCGUAGGGCCACCGCUAUUCGAGACAUUGAGAGGCACACGUGCUCUAGAUGCUCCAAGAGCUACAUACACGCAUGGCAUUUAAAAAGGCACACCAAGUUCGAGUGCGGACAAGAGCCGAGAGUUCAGUGCCCUUACUGUGCUGCGCGAAUGAAACAACGCGGUCACGUUUAUAGACACAUUCGUCAGUGUCAUCGUGGUCAAAACGUAUACGUGAUCGAUCUGAAUUGA